AUCGCUCAGCCCUUUCAUCAACAUACAUUGCUACUCUUCUGCUCAAUGCAUUAUCACCUCUCCGAUUCAUACGUUAUUCUUGAUGCUUAAGCUGCGCCCACACGAAUCUCCUCGCACCGUGCGCGUCCAGCGGAUACCCCAGCACGGGUUGGCAGACCUCCGUAAAGAAAUUUGCAAUAUUCUCGAAGAGAACUUAACCACCUGCGAAAUCAGCGCUUGGUUUGAUCAAUACGCACCGUCGUGCAAGGUCCAGUGGGACGAUGACUUCCUAGAAUAUGUCGAGCGCAAGAUGAGGGAAACGGGACGACUAUCCGAUAAUGGCUGGACCGACAUUUUGGAGGCUAUGCAAAAACAUAAAAAUGGAGACAAUACCUUCAAACACAUAGCUGUCAUCGCAACUAGUGUCGCCGAGGCGGCCAAGGAGAGAGACGACGGACUCGAACCAACAGCCAUCGUCAAGCCUACUCCAUACAAUGUUUCCAUCUCGGAAGUUGAAACCUACAAGUUUAAGCCCGAUAUUCGUGCCAUCCUCCCCUUCCCCAACGAACAACUCAAUCCACGUUUCUUUCGACGCAGCGGGCGCAUACACAAACUAAAAAACACUGAGGAAUACAAAGAAGGCGAAAGGUUAUCCUCGAUGAACACCUCAGACACUGUUAUUGUUGGGGAGGUGAAAAAGGGAACAGGGCUCGCGGACGUCAUUGACAAUGAGCUCAAACUUUGUGGUGCGGCGACCGAGCUGCUAUAUAACGACCCUUGUCGUCGUUUCAUCAAUGGCUUCACCAUUGAAGGCUCCUUCAUGCGUGUGUGGCGAUUUGAGCGUAGUUAUGCGUGCGUUUCUUCUGAUUUUGAUUUCCAUAAGGAGCCACGUCUUUUCAUCUUAUUCCUCCUUUACAUCACCUUUUCAACGCACCAAGAUCUUGGUUUCGACCCCACUGUCGUACGGUACACCACACGCGUCCCGAAGGAAGGUAUCCAGAUUCCUGAUCCGAAGAAUCCGAGCGACUAUGAGACAGUCAUCUCAUAUCGCUAUCAAGUACGGGACAAGUACUUCUUGACUAUAGGGCAUCCCAUAUCGGAAUCAUCAGCCUGGAGCAUAGCCUCUCGAUCGACCCGAGUUUGGCUUGUGAGGGAAAUAUUCCUCGGCAAGGAUGGUGAGUUUGAAGAGGGCACGGAGACUUUCAUUCUUAAAGACGCGUAUCCAUACGAUGAUGCGGUGCUCGAGAAAGACAUCAAAGACGAUAUUAUCCGACAGCUGUCGAAGCUAGACAAGCAACACAUGCCACCAACGAGCUACGCUAAGCAGGCAGAGGGCUACUUCUUAACUUAUGUCCAUGACGAAAUGGUCAAGCUACCCAAUGAAAACAAUGUCGAAUGGUCCGUUGCCGAUUUGACGACUGACAUGUCUGUCAAAGAGCCGAUAAAUUUCACGUCGGUCAAGGACAAAGAAGAUGAUGUCUUCGCCAUCAAACCCCAGCCCAGCUCGAUACGACAAGGGUCCCAGCGUCAGGCAGUUCGGGAUGCGCAAAAGCCAAGCACUAAAGUGGCGAAACAACGGAAGGAAUUAAACUAUCACCGGCGAAAACAUGUACGGACUAUCCACAAGGAGGUGUGCCAAAGCUUAUACGAGCUUCCUGAUUGGCAUACCCUGAUUCGCUGUCUGAUCGACAUCAUCGAGGGGUUGAACUUGCUUCGAUUGGCUGGCUGGGUUCACCGUGACAUCAGUGGUGGCAAUUGUCUUUGGCAUAUGGAUGGAGAACGAGGCAAGAUCGCCGAUCUGGAAUAUGCCAUGCCCUACGAUCGUUCAGGCGAGUACGUCCACGACCCCAGGACGGGGACACCUGAGUUUAUGGCAGCAGAAUAUCAGGCUCGCAAGUAUUUUCAGAAGGUGAAAGUUGAAGAUCACCCAAAGCUCCGAGUGGUGCCUCUUACUUUCAAUUUCUACCACGACCUCGAGUCCAUCUUCUGGAUAUAUGCUUGGUCCUUGUUUUAUCACCCUCCCUCACCAUGUGUUGUUAGCUCGGAAAAUCCCUUGGAACUGAUUGGGUGCCUUAAACAAGAGGCGAAAGAAUGGUUUGGUUGUGGUAUUGAAGGCAACAGCAGCCGCUUGUUGACUGUUCAGGGUGCCAGGCACGCCGACAUAACCUACCCUCUCGAAAACGUUUACACUUUCGAUACCGGCUGCUCUGUACUUCUUAAUGGACUGGAGAUCGUCGCACCCUUGUCGACGGCGUACGGAGAUCUGGAGGGAACUCCGCUCCAGCUUAUAACUGGCCAGCAUGCUCGCUGGCGCCAUGCUCAAUUCUCUGAGGCACUUUACAAAGAAAUGAAGAACAAGCUUCGUGGCGUUCUGGAGGCUCUCAGCGGCAACAAACUCGACGUUUACGUGCGCCCUCUUUCUGACAAAAACGCACAUCCUAGAGAUGCAACAGAUAAAGGUCAUGAGGACGAUGAUGAUCCUCCUGCAGAGAAGAGAGCCAAGAUUCGUGUUCACGCUCAGGUUUCGCAAUAAUAUGUCCACAAAUUCAAUAACUGCUUUAGUAUAUGUACCUCUCGUCGUUUAACGUUAAGCAUUUUGGAUCUAAAUGAUGCC